UCAUAGGUCAACACCAAAGAUAAGUCAAGAAACAAUCCGCACUGCUCUUCUCGCACCUUGCCGUGAACUGACGAGAUAUUAAGAUGGAAAAGGGAAAGACUAUUUUUCUGGAUAUUUUUAGAAGAGCUGACAAGAAUGAUGAUGGAGCAAUAUCAUGGGAAGAGUUUGUUCAGUUUUUUGCUGAUGGAGUCAUGGGGAAGGAAGAAAUGGAGAAAUUGUUCAAUGAUAUCGACACCCACAACACAAAUAACAUAGACACAGGAGAGCUGUGUGAGUACUUUAGCAAUCACCUCGGCGAGAUGAAGGAGAUUUAUUCCUUGCUCGAGGAUCUUAACAACAAGGUCACCAAUGUAUUGCAGUCCACUGCCCAGACUUACCCCCAGAAGAACAGAACAGACAAGUUCAUUACCCGUUUCCUUAUGAGGGAGUGUAUAAAUCAACUGAAUGCAGUACAGCGUCCCCUUGAGUCUGCUUCAGAUCACAUGGAUGAGGAAGCAAGAGGAGACAACACAGACAUCAAACCUAUUGAGCCCCGCGAUGUCCUUCCCAAGCCAGAUGUUAUCCCUGGUCGAGUUGGGCGUCGCACCAAGCGCCAGUUCAGCGGUCAGACCCAAACUUCUGUAGAGGGAUCGAUGACUCCCUCAGCACUAACUGCCCAAGUGGACAGACUGUCUGACCUGCUCGAUCGAUUGGAACACGGAGUCAACUUUAAGGGCUUUGUGGAUGAGGAUCUGAAUGCUGUUGAAGAGGAUCAGUACCUGCUCCAGCAGCGGAGUGUGGAGGUGGCCAAGGGGAAGGAGGACGAGUUCCGCUCCGCCCUCCGUCAGUACAUUGAGGACACCAACGGCAGCCCAGGGGCACUCAAUGUCAGUGUUAGAUUCUUUAAGGACUCAGGAUUGUUUACUUUGUAUGAAGUGUGGGAAUCGAAGGACAAAGAGAAGCAGUACCGGGAGAAAAAGGGAUUUGACUCAGUGUUCACGGAUCUACUGGCAUCAGGAACUACAGCAACCUCCAUCACCUUCCCAAAGGCCUGGUGGUUGAAGAAAUGAAGAGCUGUUAUUAUCAGGGAACAAAACUAUUUUACCUACUCGUACAAUAAUCUAUUGGACCUUGCAGUACCGGUACCACUCUCUGCCUACACAUUACACCUAUUGUACUGUGAUGUCUCUACAGUACCUCUAACUACUUAUAUAUUACUUUGUACUAGUGUUUGCAAUAGUACAUGACUGGUAUCUCAAAACUGUUUAUCCCAUUAAUUGUUUUCUUUAUGUUGUUUUUACCUGUUUAUUUUAUUUUAUUGCCAAUCAUGACAUUAAAACAUUUUUUUUAUAAAUUUACCCAAGCAUAAUUUUGCAUACUUAAGAAUAUGUUUUGUAUAUGGAUGAUAUUUUUAAUAAUUAUGAAUAGAAUAUAUAUGACAUGUUUCACUGACAAUCUUGUGUAGGUUUGUACAUAUAUGACAUGUUUCACUGACAAUCUUGUGUAGGUUUGUACAUGUAUGUUGUACUUUUUACAGCCUGACCAAUUGUCACCUUGUAUUUUGUGGUUGGUUUUCAACCCGUGAUUCAAUGAUAGGUUCCAUGUGGAUGUAAACAGGUUUCGUCUUGUCAGAAGAUUCAAAUCAGUAGAGAAGGUUUUGUGUGUGUAACAGCUAUAGUAAUAGUAUGAUAGAUUGUGCAAAAUUUCAAAGCAUGCUGUAAUUUAUUAGCAUUCUAUAUGAUAUUCUAUGAGUGCAGAUUGUUAAUUUCUUUUUAGACACUGUAGUUAAAAUAAAAUUAUAUAAAAUA